AUGUCUGGCUACACCGUCCGCAAGGUUGCUGCCCAGAACACUCUGGAGCACCGCGUCUACAUCGAGAAGGAUGGCGUCCCCGUGUCGCCCUUCCACGACAUUCCUCUCUUUGCCAACCAGGAGCAGACCAUCCUGAACAUGGUUGUCGAGAUUCCUCGAUGGACCAAUGGCAAGCUCGAGAUCUCCAAGGAGGAGCUCCUCAACCCCAUCAAGCAGGACGUCAAGAAGGGCAAGCUUCGCUUCGUCCGCAACUGUUUCCCCCACAAGGGCUACCUCUGGAACUACGGUGCCUUCCCCCAGACCUGGGAAGACCCCAACACCGUCCACCCCGAGACCAAGGCCAAGGGUGACAACGACCCUCUCGAUGUCUGCGAGAUCGGUGAGCUUGUUGGCUACCCCGGCCAGAUCAAGCAGGUCAAGGUCCUCGGUGUCAUGGCCCUUCUCGACGAGGAGGAGACUGACUGGAAGGUCAUUGUCAUUGAUGUCAACGACCCCCUCGCCCCUAAGCUGAACGACGUCGAGGACGUCGAGCGCCACCUGCCUGGCCUGCUCCGUGCCACCAACGAGUGGUUCCGUAUCUACAAGAUCCCCGACGGCAAGCCUGAGAACCAGUUUGCCUUCACUGGCGAGUGCAAGAACAAGACCUAUGCCAUGGACGUCAUCCGCGAGUGCGCUGAGGCCUGGGAGCGUCUCAUCACCGGCAAGACCCAGCCCGGCAGCGUCUCCACCACCAACGUGACUGUCCAGCACUCCCCCAGCCGCGUGGCCCCCGAGUCUCUGCCUCCUCUGCCUCCCCACCAGGACCUCCCCCCUGAGAAGAUUGACGCUUCCAUCGACAAGUGGUUCUUCAUCAGCGGUGCUUCUGCUUAG